AUGCCCACUCAUCGGGCAAGCCAAGUUAGACCAAGGGAUCACACAGCGCAAUCGGAUCUGAAAACGAGUCUAAAACCCCACCAUAUCCCACUUCUUGGUGUCCUGUUUUGGGUCUUCCAUCCUCAGGAUCGGCUCAGGCUGGAACCGAGCGCCUUAUUAGAGGUCUUUCGCGUCCUCAUCAGUGAAAUCUCUGAAGUUACUCAGCCUAAAUCAUUUUGUGAUCUCUUGGCUGAGAUUGAUAAACGGCUCCCGAUAGCUAAGGCACAGGCUGAUGGCAACCUGUCUGAGAAACUGAGGGCACUCCCCCCCCUUUUGAACUCGCCUCACCGUCUCACCGAAUUCUUCUCAGAGUUGACUCUGUUGUGGCUAUCCGAUGACGAUGAGUCAGUAGAGCAAGAUCCACCUAUAGAAAAACGGUCAUUGUUUGGUCUAUUCUUAAGACGUGCAUAUCUUGCAUUCAGAAAGCUGUCGUUCCUCGGGCUUUCAAGUUUCGUGGAUGAAUUUCAAGCAUGGGCAUCAGGAAAUACAAGUCAAAUAAAACGGGCGAUCGCAAAAGAUGCCAUAAGAAAUGAUGAUAUCUUGAUUAAAACCCAUAACGACAUACGACCUUCUGCUGAUCCGGAAUCAUUCGCCGUGUUUGACAAGGCUCGUGCAAAUGGUGAUGCACAUGUGGCCGCAGAAAACGUUCGGCGGUUCUUCGAACAACGUUUCAAUGAAUCGACGGACUUAGAUCUUCGCCAGCUUGCCAUAUUCAACCUGGUUAGAACGCAUAUCUUCAAUGGACAUCUCUUAGCUGCGCGAAAUCUACUUCUGGAGGCUAUUACAGUAGCACGAACAUCCGGUGACAACAUAGUCCUUCAGCAAUGUAUGGCACUCCUACGACGUAUAGAGGGCAGAACGAGAUCACGUCGGGAGCCCUUGAACGAAAUCCAAGCUGAUAUACCUCCUAUGGAGGUGCUGAACGAUUGCGGGAAGCUGUUACGUGAAGCCCAACCGCUCGGUGACUGCUUUGAGAAAGUAGUCGAAGCAUUAGCAGUAUACGAUAAUGCCGGAGGAUUCCGCGGUAGUCCAACGACUCUUGAUGAUCAAUGGGCAUUUCAUGCUAUGCAAUCGGUCCUUUGGAAGUUAGCAGGUUGCGAGAGGUUAGCUAUGAUUGAAGAGAGCAUUGUCCUUGCUUUCACUGCAAGCGGAGGUCCCGACGACAAUCGAUUCACGAUACUUCAAAAUAGAGCGGCGAUGUAUACAAGACAAAGCAAAGAAGUCGAGGCCUUCAGUAUCCUUUUAGAUCCCGAAACUUGGCGAGGUUUAAGCUUCAGCUUGAAUCAAGUACAGUACUGGUCGGGAGAGAUUUGGAUAACAAUGCUUCAUCUUGCUACUCGAAGAGGGCAAAUUCGCCAAGCAGACGAAUUCCUCAAACCCCGUAGACCUGGCUCUUUCAAUGGGUCCACCGACCUAUAUUUCCUACCACUGGACAGACUGAAUGCGCUCCCGACGAUUGCUGGACAGCUGUAUAGGGCGUUACAGAUGAGGAAAGUAAACCAGGGAGCGUCGUCCGUGGAUCACAUCUUAAAGGCGUUGUGGCAGAGUGAAUACCAAGGACGGUUCCGGCUUUAUCGAUUAGCGAUGAUUCUUCUGGCUGAUGUCGGCCUUGAGUUCGGAAUGACCGUAUGGAGUAGGAGGCUGGUGGAAGAAGUAUUGCCGCAACUGAUUUCUGGUGAAGAUAUCGAACAACGAGCAUUCGCAUGCUUUGUUCUCGCUCGUUGCAUAAUUGCUUGCGCCGAAAAGAAUCCGGAAGAACUGGGCAACGCAAUCCCGUAUCUUCAAAUAGCAGAACAGGAUUAUCGCACUCUCGAGAUUCACACCGCAGUUCAAGAUGUCCUUUACGUCACGGCUCUCGUAUACAACAGCCUAGGAGAAAAGGAGCAUGCAGCCCGUGAUGCCGCAGCAAUGAGGCACAUGGACGCGAAGAAGGAGCACAUGCGGUUGGAGAGAAUCCCAGUUAAUGAGGGUUGGUCUGAGAUCUGGGACCUGACUUGUGAGAUAUGCUCCGCACUUGCUCUGAGACAGUGACUACGUUGUAUAUAGCUGCUUGAUUGUAAUGCGGAGCGAUGGUUCGAUUAAAAUGUAUAGUCAAUUUACAUUUACAGGUAUCUGCAGAGGCCGAUAUCCAUGCCUCUGCGAACUUUCAAU